AUGAUCAAAAUGAAACAGAGCAAGUCGACGAAGCACAGUUCAGGACGAAAAGGGAGCUCUUCAAGCCAGCCCACUACGGGUUUCUUGUUCAUGGUGAACAAGCUCCUAAUAAAUAGACCAGACAACGACUUAUAUCAUCACCACGUACCGCCCAGAUUCCCAAGUCAAUACGACGGCGAAGUCCCGAGUAAAGUCAUGCGAUACUACAAUGGUGAAGUCACAGAAGCCGCAGACUUUUACUGGUAUCGGGAUAUGGAAAACUCUGGGCGACUGGCGAAAUUAGACAGCCAGCGAAACUGCAUGCUGGAUCAAUUCGGCCGGUACCGUCACGCCGUGGAGUAUAAGUCGUUUGGAGUCGCCGCCUGCAACCCGCUGCUCCCUAUUAUGGUGGUCGCUCAAGAUCCUCUUUUUUCUGAAACAGCAUACUGGGAACUCUUGCGCAUAUUUCAUCCACCUACCAUUCCAGGUCUGUCUCAAGCAGUCACCAUUCAUAGCGAUAUGGGUGAAGGGGGCGGUCCUGUGCUCUACAUCGCAGGCAGGUCACCCAGUUGGAUGCCGAGUCUACUCCCCUCGACCUACAGGUCACCUCACCGUAACCCACCACAUUCGUUAGGCCUCGGAGGAGAGCUGCCUAUUGUCCUAGGACUGAUGGCAUUAUAUGCUGCGCAAGAUACGAACAAUACUUCGAUAGAUAACGUGUUUCUCGGACACAAUCGAGUAUGGAGACAUGGAUUUUGGAAUAGCAACGAACCGCCUCGAGGACACCCCCCGACGGCUUCGGAAGAUCCAAAGGGCUUCGUCGUCAAGGUGUUUCUUGAUCCUGACAAUCCCUACUCUACCCCAGAAAACCUUCGCAGCUUAGAAUGGGAGGCAGCUAUUGUUCGGGAAACAUGA